CAUUUUUCUACCAAUAUCUGGUUUGGUCAGUACAAAUAUGAAGACAAGAGUGGAUAAAAAAAUCUGCCCAUGGUGGAAUGACCCAUGCUUAUUUAAAGCACUUGACGCUAUUGAAGUUCCUGAGCGAGACCCCAAAGGCCCCUUUAGGAUGCCUAUAAUUGACAAAUUCAAAGACAUGGGAACUGUUGUUAUGGGAAAAGUGAAAUCUGGUACUGUUCGUGAGGGAGACUCCUUGUUGGUUAUGCCAAAUAAGGUUGUUUAUAUUUUAGAUUUGUAUUUGUGAUAGUUUUUUAGGUUA